GCGGGUUGGGCGCAACCAAGCGGCGUCGUCAGCAUCACCGCGGAUCCGCCAAUCGGAGCUCAACUCGGGGCAGAUUAACCCGCGGAGCGCCACCCCAGAAACAAGGCUCGCGUCCGGAGCAGAUGGGAAACCUUUAUCACAUCGAGCCACAUAUUUGAGUUGUCAUCGGCAAACGUAAACGAGCAGGAGAUGGACGCUGGCUCGACCACAGGGGACAGCACGGAUGCCAUAGUGAUGGAGGAUUCUUCUCCAGAAGGAAGAGACACCCUGGAUGCUUAUCAUAGUGGGAUCCCGGUGCUGUCGCUGUGCCCUCCCGACAGCGUGUAUCCGGAACAGACCAAUCUGAAUGCCAUCCAAGCUGAGCGGGAGCUGUGUGACAGCUGCAGCAGCCUCGACGGACGCGCUUCAUCCACUCAGCUUUAUCACCAAGUUCCCCAGGAUCAAGCUCAGCUCCAUAAAUGCCCCCACUGCAGCCCCUACAGUGCUCUCAAGGCAAACGCGUGCUGCGGGCAGAACAGCACCGGCGGCCCUCACGCCGAGCAAGGUGUGAUGGUCCAAGUGGGCCGCAGCUGUAGUUCUAGCCAUCAGACGUCUCACCAGCACCGUGCGGCGAGGUGUGACUGGCUGCACGGAUCCAGUGAAGGCGGCACGCAGAAAUCCACGCAGCGGCACGUGGUCACAGUCGGGGAUGGAGGACUCUACUGCUUUGUGAGAAUUUACUCCCGGAUGCUGGUGGACUACCCGUUAGAGGUUCUCCUGGGAUGUGCCUUGCUUGUCCUCGGAUGCUCUCUGGCUGGCCUCUUCAUUGGGCCGCUGCCGGACUUCUCGGAGCCUCUGCUGGGCUUCAAGCCACGAGGGACAAAUAUCGGAGUUCGCCAAUCCAGCUUGUCCAAGCUGCAGGAGAGCACUGGCCCAGGGAAACCAUUCUCUCUUUUUCCACAGCAGCUCAGUAAAAGCAGUGGCGAUGGCAUCCACAACACCACUGGACUUCGAUUAAAGAGGAUGCUAGCCACUGACUCGACUUCAGAGUCAUUCCUCUGCGACGCUCCUGGCCAGCAUUUGGCGCAGCUGGUGUUCCGCUCAGAAAGCUCAGCCAGUCUCUGGAGCCUAAAAGCCAUCCAUGCCAUGUGCGAGAUGGAGCAAUCCAGGAUACGCUCCCAGGCUCAGUUCCAGGAUGUGUGCCAGCAGCACGUGAGAGGCGAGGCUGAGGCGGCAUCCAGAAGCGGCUGCUGUCCCAGCUGGUCCCUGGGAAAUUACUUAGCCGCCCUCACUAAUGCCUCCUGCUGCCGAGGCCUAACCUCACACCAGAUCUCUGAGGCGCUUAAGCUUCUCCGGAGGUGUGCGCCUUACUACUAUGAUGGACACCUAGUGGAGACCUGUUUUCCGAGCCACAAAUAUAGCAGCUGCUCUUCUGUCCCAUCACGCUGCAAACAGUCCCGCAUAGUGUUCCAAAUCCUGCACUUCCUGGUUGAUAAAGAUUUCCUAGGCCCGCAGACGGCAGAGUAUCAGAUCCCGACCCUCAAGUACAGUCUUCUGUUUCUACCGGUGGAUAAGGGGGAACGCAUGAUGGAGAUCUACAUGAGCAGUCUAAAGGGCAGAGAUCUGACGUAUAAGAAUACGACUAUCACUGGCAUGGACCUCGGAAUCAAGCAGACACUGUUUAAGUAUUAUCUAGCAAGAGACUCAGUGUUCCCCAUCCUUGCAAUCAUUUGUCUUCUUAUCACAAUGGCUCUCUAUCUGCACUCUCUCUUCAUGGUGGCAUUAUCUGUGGUAGCAAUUAGCGGGUCCCUCCUUACUUCCUAUUUCCUCUAUAAAGUAGCAUUUCGCCUGACUUUCUUCCCGCUGGUUAACCUUUCGGCAGCGCUUAUACUCCUGGGAAGUUGCUCCAAUCAAGUUUUUAUCUUUGCAGACUUCUGGAAUAUGCAGCUGUCCCAGAAGCCCUCAGCAUCCCUAGAGAAGAGAGUUCACAGGGUUUUGCAGGAAAUGGGCUAUUUGAUUUUAGCUUCGGGAUUGACCUCGAGCGCAGCGUUUUGCUCCGGUUAUCUUAGCAGCAUCACGGCUAUUAGAUGCUUUGCCGUUUAUCUCGGAACCGCCUCAUUCAUCAGUUCCCUCAUGGCGCUCGUGUGGCUGCCAUGCUCUUUCAUCUUGCGUGAACGUUACAUGGGAGCAUCCUCCGCAUCCGCUUCGCCACAGGGGUGGAAGCCCUGUUGUGCCAAAAACCCAGACGGAUUCUGGGAUGCAAGCUCACGCAAGAGGUGCCUUUUCACAUUUGGGCAGAAGCUGAGUGAAGUAAGACGAGGCCUCACCGACACGUCCAAUUUAGUGUUCCUCAAAAUCCUGCCUUGCGGAGUGGUGAAGUUCCGAUACAUCUGGGUGUGCUCCUUUGCCGUGCUGGCUGCGGGUGGCACGUACAUGUCCUGCUUUGAUCCCGGAAUGAAGCUGCCUACUCUAGACACCACAAUCGCUCAGCUUUUCCGCUCCAGUCACCCGUUUGAGAGAUAUGACGCUGAAUAUCGUCACAUGUUUAUGUUUGAGAGAGAGAUGAGUGGCGAGGAUAGGCCUGUAACAUUGAUGCUUGUUUGGGGCAUCAAACCGACCGAUAACGGAAAUCACUUUAACCCAAAAAGCAAUGGUUCUUUGGUUCUUGAUCCUGACUUUACAAUGAGUGAACCUGGUGCUCAGGUUUGGUUGAGGGAUCUGUGUGGACAUGUGCAAAACCAAAGCUUUUACUCUGCACCUUCCCUUCAGGACAGUGACGCAAUGACAGAUAAUGUCUGCUUUGUGGAGCAGCUAUUACACUGGGUCUCUUUCAGAAGGUGUUCAGAGAGUGACGACACACUCCAUAUUUGCUGUAACAAUGUCUCUUUUCCCUUCCCUCCUCGUGUUUUUGAGGACUGCCUGAGAAUGAUGCUGGCAGAGAGGUCCGCCAAGGGACGUUUGACACAUGGCGGCGGCGCGUACUUCCAGCCAGAUGGCCGGAUUGCCGCCCUCGUGCUAGCAUUCAACACCACAUACCGCUACAGCUUCAACUUCAGCCAAACAAAUGUUUUCUACAGAGAAAUCCUGGAGUGGUUUAACAAAGAAAUUUCGGGAGCACCGCCAGGGUUGGAAAACGGCUGGUUCAUCAGCCAGCUGUCUCUUUUUGACCUACAACAAGCCUUAAGCUCAGAGAUGUUGGUGGUAGCUGGCACUUCAGUGUCUCUAACAUUUGCUUUUCUGCUCUUAACCACCUGGAAUAUUCCGUUAAGCGUAUACGGAACUGUGGCUGUAGGUGGCAGCGUGUUUGUCACCGUCGGACUCCUGAUUCUCCUGGAGUGGCAGCUGAGUGGCAUCGAGGCUCUUUUCAUCUCAUCUGCAGCCGGGUUAUCGGUUGAAUUUGUAGCCAACUAUUGCAUUUCCUAUUGUUUUGCACCUCAUUUAGACCAAAUAGGGAGAGUAGCACAUUCCACUAAGAGGAUGGGAUGUCCUGUAGCAAUAGUUUCUGGUGCGUUUUUCUGCACCGGGAUCAUCAUGCUGCCUUCGACGGUCCUGCUCUUCAGGAAAUUGGGAAUUUUCUUGUUUCUGGUGAAAUGUGUAGCAUGUGGAUUUGCAACCUUCUUUUUCCAGUCACUGUGCUGCUUUUUUGGUCCUCGGAAAAAUUGUGGGAGGGUUGCGCUCCCGUGUUUGUCAGAGCCGUCCGGCGAGAUGCUGUCAUCUUGCUCAGGAGCAGAACCGAGCCCCUUGUCCACUAAUGGGGCCUUAGGAAGAGCUAGAGCGAAGAAGACUUAUGACAAAGACACAGGUGGCUACCUCUACGCAAACGAACAGAGGCUGAAACAGACGGGAACAGGAGGCGGGGUCAGGGGGCCAGAGCAGUACGAGCUGCAGCCUUUGGCCUAUCGACUGAGUGACAGCUUUGAGAACAGCACCUGUACCAGUAAGCUGUCUAAUAGGCCGUCUGUGCUCUCUGAUGAGAUAGAUUACUAUGGGAGGGAUGCAUCCUUGGACGGGGAAUGUGGGGAGAUAUGUAGUCGCCGAGCGCCUCCAGCUCUGCAGACCUCAUCUCCGUACAAAGAGAACCCAACACGAGCUGUAGACCUGACAAAAGACGACAUGAUCAGUGGCAAGAGGCUUUGUAAAACCUGCCAAUAUCGUUCUAAUAGGGUGCUGCAGUGGACCAAUAAAACAAUGUCAUCGUCAUCAAGCAUGGAUGAAACUGUAAGGGGCCACGCAUUUGAGACCACUGACCAACCAUGUCUGUGCACAGAGGAGCAAACCACAGAGGAAAGACUUCUCCGGCCCUCCUCGCAGUCUGCGAGCUCCUGCGACUUUUUGGAUGACUCUAACGAAACAUGUUUGAGUGACAUUGAACCGGGGCCUUCAAAUGCCAAUCGAAGCGAUGGAGAAGCUCAGUUACAACCGGGACACCUGAACGGGAAGAGAGACACUCUGCGUCUCUCACUUAGAGAGACAGUUUAUGAGCUAUGUAGUAAAGGUCGUAGCAGUCAGACUGAGGAAAUUGUCAUUUUACCCAACAGUAAACCAGACCUUCCGGAUAUUUGGAUCAAGAGAGAUGCACAACGAGAUGAUACGCUUUAAGCAGAACACUGUGCAGGAAUAGACUUAAUCAGUGGCUUCAUGCAAGUAUAUGGACAAUAGCUCAUUAGACCAAGAAAAACAUGCUGGUCUAAUGACAAAAGCAUGAACCUUAAUAGUUGCAGGAAACAUUCAAAUCAAUCAGUAGGACAACUGAUCAACUUAAGUGUGAUCAAGUACUGCAAAACCAUUGGUCUGCACCUGCACACUGUACCACUGGCCUCUUAAACCUCCAACUCUCACAGGAUGCAAAGGUUUUACCUCAAAUUGCAUUGAAAUAGAACAAUAGUGACUUUCUUCCUAAAUUAAUGCUCAUAAAACAUGCACUAAGUUGGGUCAAGUCAUCAGAAUUUCACGAAACAACCUACAAAACAAUAUCAGAGAACGCAUCAGAGGGAACACUGAGACAAACCAAACCAUCGUAGACACUGUACGCUAAAGAUACUGACUGUCAAAUUGAAGGACGGUUGAAGUAAAGAAUCUGAAUAAUUUUACACUUGUAGUGACACCUUUGGUCAAUGGAGAGCGCUCCUGCGCAGCAAAAUCAACCAAUGUAUUCACAUCUACAUAUUGUAACACUUUUUAUAGUUUAAGGUUAAAGAUCUGUCUAGCUUGUCAAAAUUGGGACAAAACUGUCAAAACUUUGAGACUGAUUCAAACUGGCAAGCAACUGUGAGGGUCCUAACGCAUUAGCUUGAGUUGCUUCUAUUGGACCACAAUGUUCGUCCCUUGUGGCCAUUGAGGAAGCCAACGGUUAAGUGUGUGUUAUUUGUAGUGUCCAAAUUUGUAAGCAUAUAGUGUUUCACAGUGAAAAUCAAUGCAGUCUAUACUUGUGCCGUUACCUGCAAGUUUACAUAAGGGAGCGUUUCAGUGCGGAAUAAUCAAGCAUCCGUAAAAGUGUGUUUGAGUUUUGAUAACGAAGCGAGUAAUUUGCUGACUAUUCCAACACUGUUUGAAGAGGUAAUUAUCUUUGGAACAGAAAUGCUUCAUCUAUACCCAAACUCCAACCAUAUCCAUUUUGUCUUUCAUUACAAAACAAAGACAUGAACAAAAUGUGCCAAAUGUCUUGACUUUUAUAUGCAAAAAAGUACCCGUGUAUGUGUGGUAAAUGGAAAUGUUCAUAUUAUUGUGAUGUCGUACUGACUACGAAACUGAAAGUGUUUUGAGGUUCAGAAAAUUGUCUCAUGAGAAGUGUCAUUGCUACCGCAUCGUGACAAUUCUUUAAUGAGCCUUCACGACUUAAUCGCACUUGUCGUAGAAUCAUUUAUUGCAGGCUUUUGAAGUGAAGAAAAAAAAAAUCAGGUCGCUUUCUUCGUUUACAGGACUCGAAAUAGUUCAAUUUUUCCAGUCAGCUGAAAUUAAACAUUUCCCUGCAGACUGACUUGUAUUUGCUAUCUUGUCGAAAGCUACUUUGCGAUUUCGUAUCCUUAAAUUAAAAGCAUUAAAGGAAAGACAAACUCAUUCUCUCCCCACUGUCCGAUUAAGUCCACUUUCAGGAUUCAUUAUGACUAUCAGAUUCUGUAGCAUGUACUGUUAAGUGUGUCGCUAAACAACCACUGAAAAGCUUGUUAA